UGGCUUGGUGCCAUCCUUCCAGAGGCCCCCGCCCGGCCCCAGUGUGAGGAGGAGCCCGCGGGACCUACCUCCCAGAGGCCCCUGACGAGACGCCCAAGGCCCAGGGACCCUGCCUCCACCUUCCUGUGCGUGGGGAUGAGCCUGCUUCACGUGCUUCCUGUGACAGCCACGACAUCAUCACGUCCGCUCCGGGAACUAUUUUUAACUGAUUUAUGUAUUUCGUGUAUGAGGAAGACAUGAACUUCUGUUUCAGUUCGUUUUACAGGAAAGUGUCGCAACCAUGCUCAGCUCAGCAAUAUUUACCACCACAGAGCGGCAGGGGAAGCCCACCUCAGCAGCAGCAUCUGACAAGAGUUAAUGAAGGUGGAAAUGUCGGGCAGGCUCGAUGCCACUCAUUCUGCAAAGAGGGAAACCAGGAAGGCCUCCUUCCGUGGGACCCAACAAGCCCAUCUCAGGAAAGAGCAUCCCCUCUGCUCUCACGCCAGUCUUCCAGCACUGGACGCAUCACGGCUGGUUCCUGGCCGUGGGGAUGGAGGGCUGCCAGGCGACCAAGGGGCCGAGGGUCACCAUUAGUGCCCCUUCUUGAGGCAAGGGUCUUCGGGACACUGUUGGCGGCCAGCCCAUCCCCUCCUCUUUCAGACAAGGAGCGGCUCAUGGAAGGGGUGCCACCAGGUGGUUGGGUCUGUGGCUCCUGCUUCCUGAGGGAGCUCCUUCCCCCAGCAGCCCAGGAGGACCUGGCGCGCUCCCGCAGUCGCGGCCGGGAGGGUCGUCACCCGGUCCCCAGAACUCACACACCCUCAGGCCCCACUCUCAGCUGGGACUCUACUUCUCUCACUUUUCCUAACCUCUCCCCUCACUCAUUUGGGCCCAAAUUAACAACUGCUUUUUUCUUCUCUACUCUUUCUUUCUUUUUUUUUUUUUUUUACCACUUUCUUAGCCCCAGGCUCCCUUACAACAGUCUUCCACCAGCAAGCGCCAGGCUGCUGGGCAGCUCUGAGCAGGGAAACAAGCAGCAGGGGAAGAGGAGAUGGAGACAGGCGGAGAGGUUCAGGGGCCAGUCCCAGAGGCUGUCCGGAGAACAAGGGACAUGUUCUCAGAAAACAGGCAACAUGCGAAUGUGGAGAAUUAGGACUAGGGUCUCAGAGGUCAGCCCAAGCCAGCCCCAGUGAACACAGCCAGGGGUCAGGCCAGACAGCGAGGGUGUGGUCCCCCAGGAGCCACACCCCCAGGGAGGGCAUCUACACUGGGCUUCCAACCCCCAGAACACAGUCUUCCAGGGGCCGGCAAUGACCUGUGCCAGAAUAUGGGACAUUUUGCUCUCGCAGUGCAUGCCUGGGCUACCUACCCACAGAGCAGGGAAGGCUGGUCCGUUACCUGGCUUUCACGGUGAGAAGGCUUGACCUUGGGGUAUCAGUCGAAGGACACCUGAGCAGCCCCGCUUCUGUCCCCAGCUCCAUGCUCUCUCCUUGGCAGAAACAUGAACGUAUCUGCACUUCCAGAUCUCAGGACCUCUCCAGACUUCUCAGAAUCUGGCUGGCUUGACCACAUGGUGACUGUGUUCCCCCCAGAAGCCCCCAGCAAUGGGGAUGUGUCUAUUCCGAGGUCAUCGGGGCACACAGGUGUUGGGCACACUCACCUGGAGGCUGCCCUUCCCAGCCAUUCCCCACCCGCCUCCCGUCUUCUGGAAGAAGCAAUAAGAACGCCAGAGUCUGGAAAUUGCUUGGAGGCUAGGGGGACCCUACGACCUGCUGUGAGCUCUGUCAGACCACCUGACUCAUUCCCAAGGGGUUUACACAGAGGUGCUAAUUCAGUCGGCACAAGGAGCCUUUUGGAGAAGAAGAAACUGAGGCUGGAACAGAGUCAGGAAGUGGCCAGCACCCGCUCCGUGUGGGGCGAGGCAUGGACUGCAGCCCAGGAAGCCCGGCCCAGAGCCCGUGCUCCAAGUCCCUACACUAUAAUUUGAGUCCUCCAGGGUUCCUGAUAUCUCAGAUUUAAUGUGGAAAAAUGGUUCCACUCUGUCUCAUCCCAUACCCAAAAUAAACGCAGAGAGAUUAAAGGCAAAAAGUAUAAUUAUAAAAGAACUACGAGAGAAAAGAAAGUGCACACUCUCAGCAAAACAGGCAAGACCAGAACCUAACCCUUAAGGAAACAACUGACUAAGGAGACGGAGCUGACUACAAGAAAUCCAAGGACCUGCGUGCAGUGAAGAAGACCCCCUAGAAAGCUAAAAUGUGAAGCAAGAGACGGGAGCAGUAUCUGCAAGUCGGUCCACUGCCUGGCCCGCUCCUGCUCACCCGGCAGAUAAGACUGGCUCCGCCCCCCACAAGCUGCCCUGGGGCAGGCCUUAAUGACCCCAACACUGCCCUAAUCAUGGACUCGUGGGACCCACCGCCCUCGGGGUGACGCUAUCACAGAGGCGGUCACAGAUGUUGGGGAUCAGCCACCAUUUCUCUGUGGAGUUGACACCACUGGCCUUAACUCCGGUUCUAUUUGGGAAACACCAUCAGAAGGGCCACUCACCCCUUUCUGGGGCCAUGUUACUGAGGUGGCAGGCAUGGCCACACCUCCAGACGAAGCCCCCGCUGACCAUGGUGGCCACCCCAGAGAGGGUUCUGGCCCCCCAACACUCCAAAUGGCCGCUGCGACAGGCUGGGGGCUCAUAGGCCUCGGGAGGUAUUAGGGCUCAAUUCCGCCUAGAUCGUCCUGGUGGCCUGGAGGCCUGUGACUGAGGUCAGGCUUCCCGGGAACACCCGGGCACCCACCAGUGCCUUUGGUAGGUGGCUUUUGUGGACGGAGCUCCCUGGCAGCCACCCCAUGUUAUGCCUCCACCGCCCACCACCCUUGCCACAUGGAAGGGCCCCACUGGCUUAAGGUCCCAGGGAUGGCUAUGCCCGGGCCCGUCCUCUCCUCUUCCUGUCCCAGCAGGGCCUGGCUCCCCCCUUGUGGCCUCAGCCUCUGGGACCCCAUAUCCCUCUGUAAAUGGAAGAGAUUUUAAGAAGGACAGACAGGCAGGGAAAUGACCAGAGGUGGGGGGACGUCCCUCGGCCACACAACUUGCCACACACACCCUGUCCCCCUAGCGCACUGUUGAGCACGUCUUCACAGAAAGCACGGUGCUUCAGGAUCACCUGUCACGCGGCUGGCCAGAGUAAGGAGGACAGAAGCUCCCCCAGACCGGAAACUCACCUUCAGACCUGGACAUCCAACAGAACAAACGGCUUUAUUUGUGCUUUCCACAAAAGCUGUUUCUGCAGCAGAAAAUGCAUGAGGUUGACCUGAGAAGUUUCCUUUGACUUAAAUAUGCAACAGAUGUCGUGAGCCAAUGUUUUAAUUGACCCGAAGGAUGCCCCACCCAUGGCCACCCUCAGAAGACCAGCAUUCCCCAAGAGCCACCACGUCGGCCAGCAGCUCCAGGACUCUCAACCAGCUGGGGCUGUGCAGGUGAGUCGGGACCCAGGAUCAGGGCCUUCAUCCCAAGAGACACUAACAGAGGCCCCACCGAGGCCUGUGCUGGCACAGUGAGGCCAAGAUGGAAAGCCCUUUCUUGGCCUCAGGACUUUCUUCACUGCCACCUUCAACCUUGCCGCAGACGUGAAGCUGUGAGAAGAAGAACCUCGUCUCCUUACAUCCAUCCAGCCCCUCGCAGAGAAGCAGCCCCCUCGGCAGGGGACCUGAAUGGCUGGUGCAUUUUCCACAGCUUGGGCUUGACCGUCUCUGGGAUGGUGACUGGCGGGAAUGGGCACCAAAGUGAAGUUCUUUGAGAGGAAGGCCCUAAUCCUGCAGGCACGGAGUGAGUGGAGCCAGCAAAACAGGGAACGCACUCAGGAGCCGGAGGGCACGGCAGGCAGGGAUGGCCAUCCGAGGGCUGGAGCGGACACGGGGGUGGGUGAGGCUUAGGGCAGGCGGAUGCCAGGACCUUCAAGGACUGAGGGGGGUGUGUGUGUGUGUGUAUGUCUGUGUAUCUGAUUGUACGGUAGGUGGACAGACAGAAAGGUGUAGCAGCUGCGGAUGCCUGGACAGUCAGACAGGACAGAGGAGCUGACAUAGACGCGUAAGGGUUUGUGCUGUGUGUGUGCUGGGUUCCACAGUGGGUGAAAACAUGGGCUUUGAAACCCAGCAGACCCGAGUUCGAGUGUCAGACCAACUGAUUAAAUCCAAAGGACCCGGA